AUGGAGCCCCUGAUGCCCAAAAGAGGCGCAAUUAUGCGUCUUAUCUUCAGAGAAACGCUCGGAGUUAUCCCAGACCUUAUCCUCCUCAGAGAAAAGGUCGCAAAUAUCACAGACCUUAUAGUCCGUGAAUCGGCUCUGCUUAGAGGAUCCGAAGAUCAGUUAAUAGAAACAGAAAAAGAUCUGAGGGAAUUGGAUUUGAUGCUGACAGUUGCAGAAGGCAUGGGAGAAUCAGAUGCAGAAGGCAUGAGAGAAUCAGAUGCAGAAGACAUGGGAGAAUCAGAUGCAGAAGACAUGGGAGAAUCAGAUGCAGAAGACGUGGAAUCGCAUUUGAUGCCGACAGUUGCAGAAGGCACGGGAGGAUCAGAUCAAGUGCCGCUGACUCUAGUGGAAGACAUACGGCAGCUUCUUGUCCAUGCUGAAGACGUUGUUAGUGCUUUUGUCAAUGAAAGGAGAAGACAUACCAAUUGGGGUUGCUUCAAGAGGACAAUUUUCUUCUUCAGAGAUAUGAUUGCCAGGCAUAGAUUUCAAGAUGAAAUAGAGAAGAUCCGGCUUAAGAAGAAUAGAAUCAAGUUACAAGGAACCUCAAUUGGCAUUGGACAAAUUGACGCCAGUGAAGACACCCAGUCAGCAGCUCUGUGGGGACCUUCUGGGAGUCACGUCGAAGAGAGUAAUGAUAUUAUGGGUCUAGAGCUCCAUUACAAGGUCAUAAAAUCAAGGCUGAUGUACACGGCCGGCUCUGGCGAAAAGCAAAGUGUGAUCUCAAUAGUGGGCAAGAGCGGAGCAGGCAAGACAGCUCUCGCUCACAAGAUAUACAAUGACAGUGAGAUUAAAAAACAUUUCACUUGUCGUGCUUGGAUCACUUUAUCUCCGAAAUUUGUACCUGAGACCUUGUUGAGGGAUAUAAGCACUCAAGUUCAGGCAAGCCUUCAGGUGACAGAUCAACGGACUCGUAAUUUUCAUGAGUUAACUAAGAUUCUAUCUGAUUUCUUAAGCUCUAAGAGGUAUCUUGUAGUCCUGGAUGAUGUGUGGAUGACUGAAGAUUGGGACAAGUUGCGCAUGGCUUUUCCAAAGACUGAGGAAGGGAGUGGGAUAAUAGUCACUACUCGCGUGAGAAAAGUGGCUUUACACACCAAUCCAAAGAGCCCUCCCUAUGAACUGCAGUUGAGCGAUGAAGACGGCUGGAUGCUACUCAAUUCCAAGAUUGACGUACCCGCUGAGCUAGAGGAAGUUGGACGAAAGAUUGUGAGAAGAUGCAUGGGCUCUCCUCUGAUGAUUUCCACUGUAGGAACUCGUUUGUCGAAGACAAAAGCAACUAAGGAGCAAUGGACGUCGAUGCUGAAAGACCUCAAAAAGGGAUUGGCCCGGAAAGACGAGGGUUCUGAUGAAUCUCCUGAAGUCGUUGCUGAGAAGUACUUGUCCCAGUUGAUAGAACGGAAAUUGAUCCAAGUAGUGAAGAGGAAGCCCGACGGGAGGGUCAAAACGUGUAGGAUGCAUGACGUUUUGAGGGAUGAGUGGGUAGCAAAAGCAAAAGCAGCCAAUUUCCUGCCACCACAAAAUAGAGCCCAGGUGCUUCCAAGGAAUGCGUGUGCUCGAUCUGGAAGGGUAUUUCGACCAAAAUUGCCAGAAUCGCUGGGUAAACUGAUCUACUUGAGAUAUCUAGGGUUAAGGUGGACUUACCUGGAGAACCUCCCGUCAUCCAUAGACAAGCUGUUCAAUUUGCAAAUUCUCGAUCUGAAGCACACUUACGUAAGUACACUUCCUAGAUCCUUUUGGAAGAUGCAGCAACUGAGGCACCUGUACCUGAGUGAGAGUUACCGAACGAGAUUCGUGCCUCCCCGGGGCACGGGCUCUUUGACUGACUUACAAACACUAUGGGGCGCAUUUGUAGACGAGGAGAGUACAUUGGACAAUAGCCUCUACAGGUUGACCAAGCUUAGGAAGCUGGCGCUUACAUGUCGGCUAACCCGUGAUCAACAAAAGGCAACAGCUAGCUGGAUUUCAAGUCUUGAACGACUCGAGUGGUUGAGAUUGAUCUCGAUUGACAUCUCGGUGAAACCUUCCGAUCUAUAUCUGGAGCUUUUAUCAGGACUGAAGAAUCUCUCUAGCAUAUAUUUGGUGGGAAGAUUGACCAAACCGGUCGUCGUAGACAAAUUUCCUGAAGAGCUCAUCGAGCUGACCUUGUCAUCGUCUGGACUAACGGAAGAUCCCAUGCCCAAGUUGGAGAAACUUCCAAAUCUGAAGAUCCUUCAGUUAUUAGGCGACGCGUUCGAGGGGAAAUUCAUGGUCUGCUCCCCAGGUGGAUUCCCACUGCUUCAGGUGCUGAAGCUCUGGAAGCUAAAGCGACUAGAGAGAUUGGAGGUCGGGAAGGGCUCGCUGCCGAUCCUCAAGGAAUUAGAAAUCAGAGCGUGCACGGCUCUUCAAACGAUCCCAGAAGGAUUGCAGCACCUAGAAUUUCUCCACAAAUUUAAACUCAAAGAUAUGCCUGAGGAAUUCACAAGAAGGGUCAGAAAAGGCCAGGGAGAGGACUGGGGCAUAAUUGCGCAUAAAGCGAAGACCACCACCGAACUUGCUGUCCUCAGAAGAACUGGAUCCUGA